CUCCAUCAAUGCAGUGUUAAAUUGAAUUCAGCAAAUAUUAUCACCUCGGUAACCCAGUUAUCAAAUCGGCCACUAUGCGCUACUUACCCUCAAGCUACCACCGGCCUUUACUGCCAAAUGGCCAAUAUCCUCCCAUCGAUUGGCAACUAUAUGGCUAUAUGGGUGCGUGUUGCUGGCCACCAGCCAUAAACAUUUCGAAAUGGCGUUAUAUCGUAGAUACAGUUAUGAUAAUGUGCCAAUUUAUAUCCGAGUGUUCGGUGCUGUUUGGUGAAAUGCAACUCAUGUGUGCAAGCCUCGAUGACAUCAGUUUUGUCUGUGCCAUAUUGGCGCCAUUUCUAAUACUUUUCGAAAUGAUGUUACGCGCCUAUAACAUAAUUUACAAGCGUGCUAGCUUUAGAGUGCAUCUAGAAGAAUUCUACAAGAAGAUCUACAUUGAACGUUCUUGGAACCCCGAACUCUUUGAGCAGAUACGCCGACAGCAGCUACCCACGAAAUAUUCCACAUCGACAUACAUUAUCACACUUGUGACCUACUUUUAUGUACCAAUUAUGGGUUUGAUACAUCAACAACGCUUACUACCCUUUCCGGUCAUUUAUAAAUAUGAUUAUAAAGCUACCUUUGUGGGCUAUCUUUUAUUUCUCGCCAUGGCAUUGUGGACUGGCUUUGCGGUUGUGGGACCUUUGAUAGCCGAGGCCAAUAUGCUGGCCAUGCAGAUUUUACAUUUGAAUGCACGUUAUACAUUGUUGUUGCGGGAUUUGCGCAAAAUUUCUCAAAAUGCUAUAGAGGGGCACGCCAUGCACAAGGGCGAGGGGGAAAAUGCUACGGUGACCAGCCGCUUUCGCUAUGGGUUAAUUGAUGUCGUUCGCCGCAAUGUGGAAUUGAAUAAAUUCGCCGAGUCGCUGCAGGAGCAAUACUCCUUUCGUGUUUUUGUAAUGAUGGCUUUGAGCGCAACGCUGUUGUGCGUAUUGGGGUUUCUGACAGCAACGAUUGGAUUGUCAACGGAUAAUAUCAGGUUUGUUACCUGGAUAAUUGGCAAGGUGAUCGAAUUGCUAAUCUUUGGACGCUUGGGCACAACGCUCUCUACCACGACAAAUGAGCUGAGCACUUCUUAUUACUCUUGCGGUUGGGAGGAUGUCAUACUUCACUCCACGGACGCUGUCGAAAAUGCAAAGUUAAUGAAGCUUAUGGCACUGGCAAUACAUUUGAAUAGCAAUCCAUUUCGAUUGAGUGGUCUCGCCUUCUUCUAUGUUAACUAUGAGGUGGUGGUGUCGAUUCUAAGAGGCGCAGGUUCUUACUUUACUGUUAUUUACGCCUACCGUUAAACUGAACGAGUGACUGAGACAAAGGAGAGAAUUACUGAUGAGGCUGAGAAAGAUGGGCGAAGGAAAAGACAAAAAUCUACAGCUUUCGUAGAAAUAAGUACAUAGUAGAAAUUAUGAACAAAAAGAAAAAAAUGUAGCAGGAAUGUAGUAGUUAUUCAUUCGGAAAGAAGUACUAAAGUAGAUUUAAA